UUGUUUACCUCAGCAGCUGAGCACCGUCAGGCUGGUUAACACGUUACUCUCAUUAUUUACGUUAUUUAUCCUCCUCCACCUCCUCACAUCCCUCAUUUAUCACAUUUCCUGACAUCCUACAUCAGUAAGAAGUAGCAGGAUGAUGUAGUGAAGGUGUGAGUGUCAGCACUUGCUGCCGGGGGUCGAGUCACCUGGUGUUGCUGGGUUCAGAUUGUGGCUUUUUUUUUUUUUUGAGUCCAUGUGAAGUGGUGGAGAGGAAGUGGAGGAUAAUGUUGGUGAGGUGGUGGUGUUGUGUGGUGGUGGGGAUGAUGGUGGUAACUCCAACACAGGGGUGGAGUGCCCAGGAGAUGCAGUUUUUCGACACCAUAGAAGAGGUCAACCAAAAUUUUUACGAGUUGCUGGGAGUGACUCAGGAUGCUCCAUUAUCGGAGAUCAAGAAAGCUUAUCGAAGACUCUCACUUCUCACUCAUCCCGACAAGAAUGAUUCUCCUGAUGCGGAGGAGAAAUUUAGGCAGCUUGUAUCUGUUUAUGAAAUACUGCGGGACGAAGAGCAGCGUGCACAUUAUGACCAGUUGCUGAUUGACGGCUUGCCUGAUUGGCGCUCGGCCAUCUACUACUAUCGAAAGGCACGCAAGAUGUCUAUGGUGGAGAUUUCAAUAAUACUGACUGUGGUAAUAUCAGUCACUCAAUAUUUGAUGGCCUGGGGGUCAUACAUAGAUAAAAAACACUGCAUGGAAGAAACCUUGCUGAAGAAAUACAAAAUCAAAGAUGGCAAGAAGAAGAAGGCGGAAGAUCUAGAGAACAUACAACUGAUGGAAGAGGAACUGAGUCAGAUCCCCAAGCCCAGAUGGUGGAAUAUUUUACCAGUACAGCUUCUCAAGCUCAUUGUCUUCUUGGUGACUAGCAGCCCUGCAAUUGUACGAGAGGCCUUAGCCAUGAUGAAGGAGCAGCGUGAGAGGAAAAUACAGGAGAAGAAAGACAAAGAGGAAGAGGAGAAGAGAAAACAAGAAGAGGAAGAAAAACGUAAAGAGAAGAAAGCAAGUCGGAAAGAGCGGAAAAGAGUCAAUGUGCUUCCAGAUCUUUCUAAUGGUGAAUGUAUAUUGGUGGCGGUGGAUGGACCUGAGUCCGAUGGACAAGGUGCGAGGCGCAUUAAGCCUGUUGCUACUUCAAUACCAGUGAUCACUGGGGGUCCAUGGACAGAUGAGGACUUCUGUGAACUUGCUCGUCUCAUGGCAAAGUUUCCUGGUGGCACUGUUGAUCGCUGGGAGCGUAUUGCAGACUUGAUGGGUAGAACUGUGUACGAAGUUACUAAAAUGUCCAGUAAAGUGAAAGCUCGUUUAAUGCAGCGGCCGACAGAAAUUGAAACUGAAGAACUUGCACCAGAAGUUAAGGUAAAAGUCAAAACCAAGGCAGAGAAAUUAGACCUGAGUGCUGGGAGUGAUGAAAUGUGGAAUCCUAUACAACAGAAGGCCUUGGAGAAAGCCCUCAAACUGAAUCCAAAAGGCACAGACCAGCGGUGGGACAAGAUUGCUCGGGCUGUACCUGAUAAGACCAAGGAAGACUGCAUGUUACGCUUUAAGUUUCUUGCCGAGAAGAUCCGCAAGAAGAAAGAGGGAUCUGAGAAGCAGGAGAUGGAACACCAGGAAGGUCCUCAGCAUGAAGAGGCAAACUUUGAGCAAAUGGACAGCAGAUUCCUCGAAGACAAGGCCAGCGAGGUAGACAAGAGAAAAAGUCUUGACUUGGGGUCCGAAGAAAAUAAUUUAGUUGACCAUGACAUUAUUUCUAAGGAUAAUGAUGAGGGUGAGGAGUCUCAGGCCUAUUACUGAAAAAAACAUUAUAAAGGUGCUUUGUCCUACUUCGAAUCUAUUAUAUUAAUAUUUUGAUACUUUGAUUACGAGUGUAUAAAGUAAGGAUAUUUGUGAUUAAUGAUGCAUAUCUUUUUAUUAAACCUUAUAGUAGAUCGACUGUUGUACGUCUAUUUGCCUUCGUUUUUUCAAGAGAUAUUUAUUAACUUCGUACUAACCAAAAUGAUUAUGACUACCACACGUGUUUUUGUUCAGGUUUAGCUUAUUGUGAAUACAGUAGUAUGUGGUGAUAUUUAAUUAUAUAGUCUGAAGUAGCAAAUUCUCUAGUUUGUAGUUACUAUAUCAUAUAGCAAACAUUGGGUUUAAAGUUUAAAUUGAAUAACAUAGGAAAUAGUAUUUAAUCUAAAUCCUUGCACAAAAAUGUCUUGUAUGGUGGUGCAGGAGGACCCCGCAUAUACAGUAGCCAUUUUUGGUAUUCCACAUUUUUGUUGGCUUUCAAUUGAGCCAUUGUUGAUUAUGUUCAGUGCUUUUACUGCUGCACCGUUGUUAAUGCCAUUUUCAUGUAACAGUUGUGUAAGGGAAGGACAACUGGCGCCAUAUUUAACUCCGUAUGAAUGGGGUCCUCCUGGGAGGCCCCAGCAUAUACAACUCCUUUUUGGUAUUCUGUUUUUGUUGGUUUCAAACCGAGCCAUUGUUCAUUACGUUCCACCCACUGUUGAUAGCAACUGGCAUGUGGAACGACUCAGUUGAAAGCCAAUGACAACAUGGAAUACCGAACAUAGGCACUGUAUAUGCAGGGCUCUCCUGUACUUAGUGACAGGUGAAUCAGAGAUUAUUGGUUAGUUGGUAUUGUCAGUUCAUUUUGUGUAGAAUAAUUACAGUUUAAGAGAAAAUUAAAAAAGUGGCACAAUAUUUUCUUAUUUACUAUUCUGGUUAUAGAUGUGUUUUGUCAAUUUUAGAAAAUCUUGUUUUAAAUAGUUUGGAGAGUAAAACCAAAAGGGCUGGAUAACCCAUAUGGGUUAGGCAUUUUUUGUGACUAUAAUAAAGCAGAUGAUAUGUCUAGACUGGAGAGUUAACUGAAUGAUGCACACAGUUGGGCCAGUCAUCAUGAAUACAGAAACACCUCCAUUGCCACUGGCAUACAGUGAAUUAUCCUUUCUUGAUCUUUGUAUAAUGACCUUUUACACUGGAGGCAUGUAUAAUACAGGGUGGUUCAAAGAGAUGGACCCAGUUUCAAGGACAGUUGAAUUUCAAAUUAGGUCCAUCUCUUUGAAACACCCUGUACAGCCUCUCCUCACUUUGUGACGUACUCGUUUACCAAUGACUCGGACUUACGACGGGCUCUCUGACCAGUAUACAUACCUAAAUAAUGUAUAUUAGAGCUGAUUUCCUCUAUUUUGU